GGAGGGUGGAGUUAACAGCCUCUCUUUCCUAACCAACUACCGGACACUCCGCCUUUCUUCCCCCCGGUGACCGAGCUUCCGUUGCCGAAUUCCUGGUGCGGACACACACCGGCAGCUCCACACUGGACCAGGACCUCGAUGAACUUUCUGUCUGGAGGAGCGUUCAUAGGAAAAUACUGAAAGAUAGUUCGAUGUAAACUCGGACCCAGUGAAAGCUGAGACACGUACGCGCCACGUUAGUGAUAUUUACGAGUUUGUGUCUUUCGAGAACUCAACAGCUGCCAUUUUUAGAGGUUUGAACACACAAACAGAGAGGAAACGUGUCUCGUCAGCGCAACAGUUAGCUUGAGUCACCGACAGUUUCAACACUUUUAAAAGCUGGAUUGAUUACUUUUUUCUCUGUCUCAAGUUCCGCUUUGGUUUGACUCACUGGCGGACACUCAUCCACCCAAACAGCUGGGUGCCUACAUGUCUGCGGAGCCCCGCGGCUGGAGCAGCUGAACCAGGCUGCUGCUGGAUUUACCCCCUGUCAGGUGAAAGGUGUGGCGUUGGGCGGGGAUUGCUUUUGUUCUAUCAACACCUGUGUGAGUGUGUGUGUAGCCGUGUUGAGGAAACCGUUCAAGCGGUUUAGAUGGAAACGUGUGUACCAGCUCACGGGCUCAAAUCACGCGGACACGUUAUGGAGUUUAAUUUCAGACCGCACUUUUUCGAGGUUUGACCCUUCGGACGGACGAGAGGAAACUGGGUCAGAGCAGUUUUACUUAACUAUUUAUUGACCGGUGGAAAUAUCGAGGUCAUGGCGUUGUCUCAGGUCCAGUGUCUGGACAAUCACCACGUCAACUGGCGCGUGAGCGAGAGCAAACCGGAGUUUUUUUACUCUGAGGACCAACGGCUGGCGAUCGAGGCUCUCGUUACCGAGGGCCGCGAUGCAUUCAUGGACUACAUCCGCGAGACUGGAGUCCGGGAGUUCCUAUCGGAACCGGAGCUGGAGCAGAUAGCACACGUAGCGGAGGCCUACCGGCCUGGGCACGAGCAUCUUCAGAAGCCAGAUACACCAGGGCCGGGGAAUAUCACCCCGGGGUCCGGGGGUUAUGGGGGCGACGGAGAGGUGUCGCUCCAGUACUGGCCAGAUCGGUCGGAGGCCUCGGUGGCGGAGCUUGACCUCGGCUGGCCCGACGCCAGUUCAUACCGAGGGGUCACGCGCGUGACAGUGUACACUCAACCUCCAACUGAGGGGAACACGCACAUCAAGGAGGUGGUGCGCAAGAGCAUUGCAUCAGCCCAGAGGGUGAUAGCCGUGGUCAUGGAUGUGUUUACAGAUGUGGAUAUCUUUCGGGACCUGCUGGAUGCAGCCUACAGACGCAAAAUUCCUGUAUACAUAAUCAUUGACAUGGCUGCAGUCCCCAGCUUUCUUUCCAUGUGUGGCAGAGCUGAUAUGCACCGUGGACACCUAAAGAAUCUGCGUGUGCGCUGCUGUGGAGGAGUGGAGUUCUUCACACGAUCGGCACAGAAGGUGCGUGGAGCGCUGAGCCAGAAGUUCCUCCUGGUAGAUGUAGACAGAGCCAUCUCUGGUUCAUACAGCUUCACCUGGUCCUCAUCUCGUUUGGACCGUAACCUCAUCACUGUGAUCACAGGACAGGCAGUGGAGACCUUCGACCUGCAGUUUCGUGAUCUUUACCUCGUGUCCAGAAGUGUGUCUCUCAACAAGGUCCCCAUGGUAGAUGAGCCGAUCCCUGACCCAGUCCCUCAGGUGGCUCCUGCUCCGGUGUCAGCUGCUAUUGCAAGGAAGCUCAUCAAUCCCAAAUAUUCCCUUGUUACCACUGGAACCCACACAAGUAACACUUCUUCUGACCAAAAUUCCAGCAACAAGAACUCCCAUAAUCCCACUGGGCUAAAGUUUCCGAAAGGACGUCUUAAGGGGGUCAUCGAAGAGCCACCCUUACAUCCGGGGUUAGCCCAUCUGGAGAAAGCGUACCUGAUCCCGUACCUGCCCACCUGGCCAGAGCCAGACCCACCAAGCGACGUGAUUGGCUUUAUCAACAUCAGGGAUGAAAAGCGCCCCAAUCAGGUUCACUUACAGAGGUCGGAGAUGUUUUCGACCAGCCGGGCUAUACGCUUCAGCACACCCCUGAUGGUACCACCGCAGACUGAGGAAUCUGCUUCAGGUCAGGGUGCAAAUGCUGCAAGUGCAGCAAAGAAUAUAUGUGGGAAUACAGACGCAUCUACUCCUCUGAGUCCAACCAACAAACAGGUCAAAGAGAAAACGCACACAGCUCCAAAUAAAGACCAAACUGAUGCAACAGAUUCCAGAGGGCCCCCUCAGCAGCCAGACACACCUUUAACACAGGAUACACACAAACUGAAUGCAUCAUCACCAUCCAAUGUUACUGCUGAUUCACAGCCAACAGACAAUGCUAAUCAAACUGCAGAGACUCAACCUGCAGCACCUCCUGUUCCCAAACGGCGCACACUGCAGUUAAUCAUAGACCCCAACUCUUCAGAGCAGCAUGGUCAACCACAGGUCACUCUGAUGAAAAUGGACCAAUUGGAAAGUCUCGAUAGCGUCAACAAAAAGGAAACCCGGGAAGAGCUGACACCAGGCCGUGGCCGCAUGGCAUUAAAGGAUGAUGGCGGGGACUCUGGCAGCACCGGCGAGGGCAGCCAAGACAGCACCAAGGUCAUGUGCGACAGAGCAGCCAUAGAUGGUCCUUCAAGCACUUCCACAGCAUCAGAGGAGGAGUUUUAUGAAUGUCCCCAGUUGGAGCAGAGUGACUUGUUGAACAACGGAGGGAAGACAGGGUCAGGGCACGGGCAUCGCCAAGGAGAAGGGGUCAACAUCAUGGCCCGCCUCUCCCAGAGCAUGCUGGAUCUGCGGGACCCCAAUAAUAAAGACAGCUCUGACCUCCUCCGCCAAUCAAAGCAGCUCCGCCGACAAGGUCUCCCCUCACCACACAGACACAUAGGACAGUUGUUCCAGACAUCUAAAUCUCCAGGUCGGGAUAUGCGACAGAGAGGACCUAAAGUAAUCAUCGCCAAACCUGGAAGUUUUCACCGCCCCACCCGAGCUGCUGUCCCGGUGAUUGGAGGACACCGUUACUGGCAGGGUCAAACGCUGCACUCUGAUUUGGCCCAGCAGCGCGUAGAGACACGCUCCGGACGGUCACCGCGACGCCACAGCCCGGGUUACAAGAAGGUUGAUCAGGCCUCACAACACCCUCCAGCCAACCAAUCAGGGUUACUAGGAGUAUCUUUCUCAAAACUCAGCAACUUUAAACACUUAAAGGCACGAGGCACAGAGUCGCAGAACAAAGCGUCUCAAUAUAACAAGGCUGAUAGGUAGAAGUGUGGGUCAGCGAAGGUACGCCAGGAUGGUUGUUGAUACAGACAUCCUGCUAAGAAAGUGGUGAAUCUUCAGUGUGGAAUCUUCUCUAUCUCUGGCAUGCGUGUCAUUUCCUGUUUUCAAACCCUGAGGCUCAACAUUCAAGAACAAUUUAAUUGGGACUUUUUGAGUUGGUGGUUUAAAUUGAUAAUGUGUUUUAGGAGGUAUUGUCUGUAAAUGAAUCACCUUCAAAACCAGUGCUUCAUGGCAAAAAGCUUCUGAUUGGAUGGAUUCAGUAGUGUGUGGCAGAUAAUGGAUUUUAGAGGCAGAUACCUCGGAGGAAAUAAACCCAACACUUCUCAGCAUGGUUAUUGUAGAUGAUAAGCAGUCAGCUGUGAUAGUCUCCUCUGCCAGCGCACGCACUUCAAUCCUUUGAAAAAAAUGUUUCUUAAUUACCUCAACUGCUUUUUGUUUUUCAGAAUUGUGUACUGUAAAUGUUAUUUUUCCAUAUCCAACCUACAGAGAUGCGGUGUAUCUGCAACAUGCGAGAUCAGCCGAUUAUAUCUCCUCACUGAUAUAAGAGUCAGGCUCUGGUGUUGAUACUGUGACGGGUUACUGAUGGUGUUAGGGUAGGGCUACUGUGUUGAGAACUGGUGUGUGUAUAUAUAAGCAAUUGUAAACACUGGUGUGGGACCAAAAGUGAAUGUUGUAAAUAAAAAGACAAAUUGUUGCUGACCGAG